CUAAAUAACUAAACUGCCCCUGAUGUUCUCUUUGGUCACCGAGCCUGUCCUCUUUGGAAGCUGCUACCUGCCACACCCUUCCUCCGUCCCUCUAUCAAACAAGCAAAGCGUUCCCUUCCUAAUAUAAAACAAUUAAAAUCCCUCAAUGGACUAAAUGGGGUUCAUUGCAUCACAUACUGAAUCGACUUAUUAAAAAUGGGGUUCCACUAGUGCCAAAGUUUUCCAGUUUCUGAGGUAGGUAAUCUAAAACCUUGACUCAGUUAAAAGUGUUAGAAGAGUCUUUGCCUUGUGUUCUUGUUUCACCCAUCACAAGUUAGUAUAUUUUUUUUAUUAUUACCUAGUCUUCUACCUAAGCAAUCCUCUUACUUGUAAAUCUUAGUCAAGGUUAGAUUUUUGUCACACAUUAUUGGCUGAACUGAGCUGGGUUUGUUGAGGGUGCAAGAAAUAAUGUGCCCAUUGCUUGUUCAGUUUAACUUAUGAGCUGGGUUUAAUCUCAAAGGAAGCAAGGGAACAUGGUUUCCUGAGAUUCCAUAUAGGUGACUGGAGUUAGUUUGAUCCAAGAAGGUUGAAGGAACGGGUGUUCUAGCAUGCUCAUUUCCUAAAAUGUCUUGGAUACACUCCCAAAUCAGGAUAAAAGAUGGUCCUUUGAGUUACCAUCAUCACUCUCUACUUUCUUCUUAUUCCUCUCCUUCCUCCUCCCCUUCAUUGCCUUACAAUAGUGAUUACCAAAAGCAACUAAACCCUUCAUCAUCGUCAUCUUCAGCUAGUAAAAUAAGCCCAGUUGUUUUGUUCAUCAUAGUUGUUCUUGCUGUUAUAUUUUUCAUAUCUGGCCUUCUUCACUUGCUUGUUAGAUUUCUCAUGAAGCAAAGGUCUCCCUCAUCAGUGUCUGAAUCCAACAGAUACCCUGAAUUGUCAGGGUCUGAUGCUUUCCAAAGACAGUUACAACAACUCUUCCAUCUUCAUGAUUCAGGUCUAGAUCAAGCUUUUAUAGAUGCUCUACCAGUGUUUCUUUAUAAGGAAAUAAUGGGGUUGAAAGAGCCAUUUGAUUGUGCGGUGUGUCUUUGUGAAUUCUUGGAACAAGACAAGUUGAGAUUACUUCCUAUGUGUAGUCAUGCUUUUCACAUAGAUUGUAUAGACACAUGGUUGAUGUCUAAUUCUACUUGCCCUCUUUGUAGAGGGACCCUUUUCACAUCCGGGCUUCCAAUUGAAAACCCAGUUUUUGACUUUGAAUAUCCGAGGGACGAAAAUAUUUUAUCAAGCAAUGGCGGAAAUGGGGUGUCCCUUGUCCCAAAACCAGCAGAGAAUGACAUUGGAAAGAGGGUGUUUUCUGUAAGACUAGGCAAAUUUAGAAGUUCAAAUGAUGGAAGAGGAGAAGGAGAAGGAGAAGGAGAGGGUGUAUUAAGAGGAGAAGGAGAGACCAGUCGCAGUAAUUUGGGUGCAAGGAGAUGUUACUCGAUGGGGUCAUACCAAUAUGUGGUUGCUGAUUCAGACUUGCAGGUGGCUCUAUGCCCCAGCAGAGGAUGCAAUGGUAGUGCUAGAAUGAAGCUUGUGAAAGGGAGAAGUGGACAAAAUGGGAAUUCAUCAAAUGAUGGGGAUGUAGAGGGAAAGAAAAUCAACAUGAGAAGUAAAGGUGAAAGCUUUUCAGUGUCCAAGAUCUGGCAAUGGUCGUCUAAGAAGGGUAAAUUCCCAAGUCCUUCAGAUACAAUAGGAUCUUCCUCUGUUACUGUUGGCUUGCCAUGGACUGAUAGAAGAACUCAGGUUAAAUGAAGUUAUUUACUGUUCCUUUGUACGUCAUCACAUAUUCAAUGGAUCUAUACAUUAAAUAAAGCUUUUCCUUUUAGCGUU